AUGGAGCGUUCCUUCCCCAAGCCAUCUCCUUCCACCGCGGUCCUCCUGCUUCUCCCGCUAUUCCUCCUAAUUCUCAUCGUCCUUGUUCUCUACCCCCACGAGUCCGAGCUCCAAUCCCUAGUCACCUCCUGCCGGCCCUCUCGAAGCGCCAGCUUCAUCGAGUCGGCCACCCCGAAACCCAACUUCCGGCUGUUCAUCGGCAUCCUCACCCUCCCCGACCACUACGAGCGUCGCCACCUCCUCCGCCUCGUCUACUCCCUCCAGCCCAAACUCACCACCGCCCACGUCGACAUCCGCUUCGUCUUCUGUAACCUCACCAACGACGACCAACAUGUCCUCAUCGCCCUCGAGAUCAUGCGCUUCGACGACAUUCUCAUCCUCGACUGCGCUGAGAGCAUGGACGAUGGCAAGACGUACGCUUACUUCUCCAGCCUUCCAAAACUGCUCAACGGCACCAACAACGGUGGUGGCCGACCUUACGACUACGUCAUGAAGGCCGACGACGACAUUUAUAUUAGGCUACAAGAAUUGGUCGAGUCAUUGAGGAACAAACCGAGGGAGGAUGUGUACUAUGGGCGUGUGAUCCAAUGCUACGAAACGGAUCCUUAUAAGGGUUACAUGUCGGGGAUGGGGUAUGUAUUGUCGUGGGACUUGGUUGAGUGGAUUGCGACGUCGGAGAUGGUCAGGAACCAUACGGUUGGGCCGGAGGACAGGGUGAUGGCUGGGUGGCUGAAGGAUGGAGAACGAGGAAAGAAUAGGUUCAAUGAGAAGCCGGCCAUGUACAACUACCCGGAAGGACGGCUCAACCCCUGCAUGCAUGAGUUCAUGCCGGAUACCGUCGCGGUGCACCAGCUCAAGGACAACUCCAGGUGGGCGAGGACCCUCAAGUAUUUUAAUGUCACUCAUGCGUUCAAGCCUUCUACGCUCUACCAUAUCCCUUGAAACGAUUCCCUUAGCUUCUCUCCGCAGAAAAAAAAAAAAAACGAAUUUAAUUCGUUUUCAC